AUGUCUUUCAAAAAGGUAGUGUGUUUUCCAUUUAAAUUAUGGAAUAUGGUUCCAUAUAUCCAACAAUUAGUGUUUUUAAUGUUAAUAACUCUACUACCAUUUCCUUAUAUGACAGAACCAGGUUUAUUAUCAAUACCAUAUUUAUUAGAAUUUUUAAUAGUUUCAUUUAGUGGAAUAUUUACAGAAACACAUAUUUUAAGGGUAUGGUCAUUAUUAAUUAUGUUGUAUUCAUUUGUUCAUUUUAUUAUAUUAAUUACAUUUUAUUUUGUUGAUAUUGAAGAACAUUGGGGACUUAUGUUAUGUGGACUAAUGUUUAAAAAUCAAAAACAAGAAUUUUAUAUUCUUCAUACAAUUUUUGUUGGGGUGAUUGGAAUUAUUUCUUUUUUUGGAAUUUUUUCACGUUCAGAAAAAAUUAAUAUUCGUCAUACAGCUUUAGUUCCAACUCUUACUGCUUUAUUCUUUUUCAUUUCUGCCUUUGUUGUUAAUUCAUCUCAAGGAGGAAUAAUCCCAAUUUUAUUCUUCUUAGCUUCAAUUGUUUUAAUUAUUUCACCAAGACUAUUAUUUAAAUUUCUUUCAGUUUCACUUGCUUUUAUAAUGUUUAUUUAUUUAAUUAUAUUAUCAUUAUGGAAUAUCUUUUCAUUUGUUUCUAAUGAAUAUAAUUUCUUUCAAACAACUGAAUUAGAUAUAUUACAAAAAGCUAUGUCUACUGUUGGAUUUUCUAUUGUCAGAUAUCCUUCAUGGGUUUUCUUUGGUAUGAAUUAUGUUGCUUAUUUAAUGUUUCCACUAAUAUGUCUUUGUAUUAAAAUUACAUUUAAUGAAAAAGAAACAGAAAAUAAUUCAGAAAGUUCUCCACAAACAGGAAUAACAGAAUUUACUUCAAAAACAGAAGAUAAUUCAGAAGAAGAGCAAUUCAUUGAAGAAAAGAAAUCAAAAAAUAAAAUAAUUAAAGAAGGAUUAAAACAAAUAUAUAAACUUAUUAUUACAUGUCUUGCAGUUUGUUUACAAAUAAUUGUAAAAGGAGGUGUAUUUAUUUCAAUUAUUGUCAUGUUUUGUGUAGGUCUUGUAAAUAUUAGUAUCUUUGGAUUUUCAUUUUUAGUUAUUUCUAUUUCACUUAUAUUUAUUCCAGUUAAUUAUUGUCAAAAAUUAUGGCCAAUUGUUAUUAUUUAUACAUUAUUAAUCGUAUUAAUGGAAAUGAUUGUUCAAUUAGAUUAUAUUGAUGUAUCAUCACUUCCAUCAUAUAUUGGAUUAUAUAAAUUUAAUGAUCAAACAACACUUUCUGUAGAUAUUAAAUGGAAUGAUACACAUCUUGGGGAAUUAAUAUCAAAGAUUAUUUUAUUAUUUGUUUCAUUUCUUGAAUACUAUGCAAAUAAAAUUGGAGUUAAAGUAAUUCAUGAUGAUAGUAAAAUAGAAGUAUUCAAAUAUUCUUGUGCAAAAUUUAUUGACUUCUGGGGAUUAUUUAUUUGUUGUGUAGUUAUUGCAAUUGCUGCUUUAUAUGAAGACAUUAAUAUUGAAUUAAUUUUAUAUAUUAUUGCGUUAGCAAUUCUUGUUCUUUUACAAACUCAUUUUGUUUAUUCUAAAGUAGUAAUACAAUUCAUUCUACCUAUUUACUCAUUCAUAUUCUUUAUUGUUCUUCUUGUUCGUUAUGUCUCUCAAUUUAGACCUGAUUCAGUUUAUUCAAACAAUAAUGAAAUUUAUAUUAAUAAUUUUUGGGAUAUCUUUACUGGAAUGAGUCAAGUAGAAGUUGGUUGUUUAAAAUAUACUUCAUUAUGGGAACGUGUAAAAGGAUUUUUACCAAAUAUUCUUGUUAUUGCAGUUUGCGCUAUUGAAAGUCGUUUAUUAAUUAUUGUUCCUCGUUAUUUAAAAGAAGUUGAAGAUGGGUAUCUUGCUAAAUUAAAAAAAAAGAGAGGGGUUCAACACUUUGACAGAGAAACACUUCAACAUUCAUUCAAUCGGUUUGAACAAGAAACACGUUUAGAAGAAGAAACUAAUGAAGAAAAGAAUUUAGCUAAAGUUGAAUUAAUUUCUACAAGUCAAGAAGGAAAUAAAAUUAUUAAAUCUAAGAAAGAUAAACCAAAUAAUCAAAACAUAUAUUUAGAUAAUGAAGAAAAUAGUCAAUGUAUUCCUAAGUUUAUUCGUGAAUUAUCUGAUUUAAUUAUGAGAUUUUUAGCAAUUUAUAUUCCACAUAUAUCAGUUAUUUGUGCUAUUAUUAUAGCUGCAUAUCCAAUUGUAGAUUCUACAUUUGAACAACAAACAUGGGAUUGUUUACACUUUUUAUUGUUUAUAACAACUAUGGUUUGUCUUCUUUCUAAGAAAGGAUUUAAUGCGGCAUGUGCUCCGUUGUUAUGGGUCUGUACUAUUAGUAUGAUUAUAUUAAUUGUUCCAAAUUUCAGAACAAUUAAUCAAUUAAUAGACCAAUACAACGUUUUUGGAUCAACUCAAACAAAAGUAUGGAUUUAUAGUCUUAUUGGAAUUAAAACAUGUUUUGAUGAUGUUUUAACAGCACCUAAAUGUGUUUCAUAUGAUGAAUUGAAAUAUCCAUAUUGUUGGGAUUUGAUAAAAGAUUUUCUUGUUAUUUUCUUCCUAAUCAUUGUAACAAGGACUUCAUUUUUCUGGGGAAGAGUAUAUAAAAAGAAAGAAAGAUUAAUGUUAUUUAGAUAUAUUGAUUUGGAAUAUGAUUUAAAAAAAUAUUCAUGGAAUAAGGUAAAAUAUUAUAUUUCAAAUUUCUUUAGUUAUUUUGGACCACUUUAUAUUCUCUUUGUAUUAGUAGUUUGUAUUUGUUUACAUGCUAAUGAUUUUAUGGCACUUCUUUAUAUUAUUAUUUCUUUAGUCGCAGUUAUUUGUCCACAUAAAAUUCUUACUAAAAUGAUUCCAGUUGUAGAAUUUAUUUUAUUAACACUUGUUAUCAUUAACUCAAUUUGGACAAUUCCAUUAGAACCAUUAGACACUCAAUGGGAAAUUUGGAAGAAAUGGGAUUGGGAUAUUGAUUAUUCUUUAAGAAAAUAUACAUUAUUAAUGCCAGUUGAACAAGGUAAAAAAUUAUUAGUAGUAAAGGUAUUUGAUUGUUUAUUUAUAUUUCUCAUUAAUCGUAUAUCAUUCCAUUUUAGAGAAGGACAUAUUCAUGAAAUAUAUAAAUUUAUUUCACCACCAUAUUUCCCUGAAGAAUCUCGAAAUAUUUUUGAUGGGGUACAUCGUGUUUUAUUAAAAUAUUUAAAUCUUAUUUGUGGAAUUGUUAUUAUGUUACUUGCUGUUAAUCGUAAAGACGUUAUAUCAUAUAUUUAUGUUGGAAUGACAAUGUAUAUUGUUUUUAAAGGUAAAUUUCUUAGAGAAAGAAUUCAAUGGAAGAUACUACAAGUUUUAAAUUUCUUUAUUCUAAUUGUACAAAAUAUUUUUGUAUUAUCUUCUCUUCUUACUUACUUUAGAGAUGAUGAAGAAACCAAAAAAACACAAGGAAUUAAUUUAGCAUUGCAAAUCUUUGAAACAUUUGGACUAUAUAUGCAUGCAGGAGAACCAUUUAUUUUUAAUGUAGUUAUAUUAUUUGUUAUGUUAAUUAGGAGUGCAGUAUUUAGACAAAUCCCAGAAACAUUCAGAAAAUUAGAAGAUAAUAUUGAAAAAGAACGAGCAAAUAUCUUUGUAAAAUUAAAAGAGUUGAUUGAUUUAGAUAGAGAUAAAAUAAUGAUUGAAUUAGAUAAAAAAUACAAUGAAAAAGUUCUUCGUAUGAAAAGAUUAGAUGAGUUAAGAGAAUUAAGAAAAAAAGAUAGGUUGAGUGAUUUCCAUGAUAACGAUUUUGUUGAAGUUGCAGAAACAGCUCCAAAAGAAAUUACAACAAAAGGAUUCUUCCAAAAUCUUUGUGAUACUGCAAAAGAAAUCUCCUUAAAUUGUAUUGAUGCCUUGAUCCAUUUCUUACAUAGUAGAAAUCUCGUUGUUCGUUUAAAUUUACCUAAAAAUGCUACUGAUGAACAAAUUGAAGAUAGUUUAUAUGCUACAAUUAAACCAGUAAGUAAAGAACCAUCAGCUACCUUUACCCCAAAAAUUGGAUCAACAAGACAAACCCCAGUAAAUAAGUUAGGUGUCAUAACAUCUAGUGAUAUUGUUCAAUCAGAUGAUAAAAGGAAAGAAGAAAAAAAUCAUCCACAAUCAGCAAAACUUGUUCCAAAGUAUGAAUUACAACAUCAACUGAAAUCAAUGUCAGAUAUUACUGAAAUAGAGCAAAGAGAAAAAAUAAGUCAAACGGAUUCAUUAUCUAAUUUUGAGAAUACUAAUAUUAAUUCAAAUACAACUACUCCAGAAAAAAUAAUCACAAUGAAAACUUCAAGAAUUUCUUCAAAUAAUGACCAAAUUCCUAUUCAUAAACCUAUUCCACAAAGAGAUUAUGAAUUUAUUCAAAUUCAUGAAAGAAAUGAACCAUAUAAAUAUAAAAGCAGAAUAUAUAUGUUAUUCUGGGGACUUUGUUUUUAUUUUGGUCAACAAACAGAGGUUUUAGUCCAAAUUAUUUUAGUGUUGGACGAGUUAAUUAAUCAAAAUGUUUUAAGUGCUGUAUUCCCUAUUAUUGGGUUUGCCGUUAUAGCACUUUCUAUUAGACCUUAUCCAACCAAAUUCUUUUGGAAUUUAUUAUCAUUGUAUAAUGUAUGUCUUAUUCUUGUUAGAUUAUUCUUCCAAUUACCAGGAUUUUGUUUAACAUCAGAUAGAUAUGACCAACAGUAUGAUGUUAUUUCAUAUACCACUAAUAUUUUUAACGAAAAAACAAUGCAAUGUGAUGCAACACCGUUAACAAAUAAUCAUAUGUCUCCAGUUUAUUUAAUAGGAAUUUAUCCAGUACAUCGAUACAUUGCAUCAAGAUUUAUUUGGGAUAUUCUUUGUUUAUUUGCAAUAUUAAUACAUUUAUCAUGUAUGAGAUCACGUGGGUAUUGGAAACAACAAUACUUAUUAAGAAGACAAUGGUCUAAUUUGAUUAUUGAAAACUAUAGAAGACAGUUAGUCAAUAAAAUUAAACCAAGAACAUUUGGAGAAUUAAAAUUUGUUGUUGAGGCAUUAGUAGAUUUUGAAGCACCUGAAGGAGAAGAAGACUUUCUUUCAUAUAAAAAACAUGAUUUAUUUGUUGUUGAAAAUAUGCAAGUUAAUGGUGAUUUAUUUGUAACAAAAGGAGGAAAAAUGGGACUUAUUAAUUGUGAAAAUGUAACUAUUUAUGUUCAAAGUGGUAAAGUAGUAAAUGGUCAAGUUUAUAAAAAAUCAAAAAAAGUACAUAAAAAAACAUUUGAUAAAAAAUAUUGUGUAAACAAAGAUAAAGUUUUAGAUGGUAUUGAUGAAUUUGAAUGUGUCCAUUAUCAUGAAAUAGAAAUGUUAUCAGAAAAAUCUCUUGAAAUUAGUGAAAAAAUGAGUUCAGACAAACUAAAUAAUUUCCUCAAAGAUCGUGAAGAAUAUCUAAAAGAAAAAGAAUUAAAAGGUGAAAAUAAAAAUUUACUUGAUAAAGCUUUUAGUACAAUAUAUAAUCCUCUUAAAUCAUUCUUUAAUUCUAUUGUUAAUGAUCAAUUUAAACAGGGAGCUGAUUUUUAUAUACCAUUAUUUAUUAGUGAAGCUCUUUGUUUCUUAUUCCUUAUUAUUUUCCAGGGUACUUUUACUAAUAUUCAAGGUAGUUUUAUUAAAUUCUUUACAGAUGAUUAUUUACCAAUUACCUAUGUUCUUGGAUUGUUUUUACAAUUUGUAAUGAUUCUUGCAGAUCGUAUUAUUUAUUUAUGUAAAUCUAUUAAAGCUAAAUUAGUUAUGCAAUAUUUUUCAUUACUUUUAUAUCAUAUUUUAAUAGUUAUUGUAUAUCCUUCAUUUGUUGAAACUAAAACAAAAAUAGUUAAAGCAUGUCUCACUAUAUUUUAUUUAUUUAAAGUUGUUUAUUGGACAAUUUCUGGACUUCAAAUAAGAGCUGGAUAUAAUAUAUUAUCAUCAAAACGAAUAUUAAUGAUAAAUUAUUCAUUCUAUUCUCAAAUGAUCUUUCAUACGUAUUACACAUUACCUUUUGUUUAUGAAAUUAGAACAAUUCUUGAUUGGUGCCUUUCAAAAACUUCAAUGUUUUACAAACAAUGGUUAAAAGUAGAAGAUAUUCAUGCAGAACUAUAUAUGAAUCAAUGUGAUAGAGUAAUAGAACGUAAUAGAAAUCAUGUAUAUGGGCAACCAAGAGGAAUUGUAGAAAGAAUUACUUCUGGAUUUAUUAUGGUUAUUGUUCUUCUUGCAAUUUUAUGGUUCCCAUUAUUAUUCAUGUCAUCUGCUGCUCCUAAUUUUGCUCAACCAAAACCUACAAACGUUGAAGUAGUUUUGAGUUUUGUUGGUCAAGGAGAGUUAUAUAAACAACAACAAUCAGUAUUCAAAGAAAUUACUAAAACUGAAUGGAAUGAAUUACAAAAAGAUCAUUCUUCAUUAUCUCUUCUUUCUAGUGACAAUAUUUAUUCAGGUCAAUUAUCAUCUGAUGCAAUGACUUAUUGGUUAUUAACACCUCAAAAGAAAAAAGAAUUAAAUACAAAUUUACUUGCUGAUGAAACGUUAACAUUAACAUAUGCAAUUUCUAUGUCUCGUGAAUCAUCUGCUGCAUCAAACUCAUUCAAAUAUAGUGGGUCUUAUGAAAUGAGUACUGAAGAGAAAAAAAAAUUAUCAACAAUUCUAAAUGGUGGGACUGAUGAUUUAUAUUUAUCUAUCAUUCCUCAAAUUUUGAAAAUGCCAACACUAAAAGAGAAAGAUGUCCUUGAUGCUUUUGAUAAUGUAAAUAUUACUUUAAAACCAAUUCUUCAUUUCGAUUCAACUACAAAUUUAUAUUAUUGGUCUUUUCAACAAUGUGUACUUGUUGAUAAACUUUGGAAUUGUUCAGAAGGUAUAAGACUUUUUAUUGCAUCCCCAAAAGUUCCAAAUUCUGGUAUUUUAUCUGCUCUUAGUUCAUUAGGUAUUAUCGGUCUUUAUACUGUUGUUGUACUUGCACUUUAUUCUCUAAUCAAAUCUGAUUAUGUAGGUCAGGCUCAUACAAUUAUGUUUAAAAAUCUUCCUAAUUGUUUAGGAUUGUUACAACUUUGUGAUGAUAUUAUUAUUGCACGACAAGAUGGUGAUUUGCGUCUUGAAGAAGAUUUAGUGAAUGAAUUAAUUACAAUCUAUAGAACUCCUUCUCUCUUGUUUGAAAAAACUAAAGUCAAAUAA